GUGUGCAACGGGGGAGUCUGAUGUGUUGGUUAGUUUGUCUUUUUAAGUAAGUCGUGCACUUAAUCAUAAAAAAAACUGUAUUAUAAGUUUAUGUGGUCAAUGGCGGGGGCUUGACCUCAUCUUGCAUUUCAAAUUCGGCAUUGAAUAGAUUUGUUAUACACGAGGCACAAACAUUUUUUUUCUAAGUAGACUGAACGAUUCCACAUAAUUCACUGCACCAGCUCCCUGGUUGUGAACCAAUUACACUGAAACAAAGUGAAACUCGAUGCAUGACCUGAAUUCUCCAAAAGUACAUAAAGCUUGCGUAACGUAUAAUACAAUUCGAAUAUUUAGGCAUUCAGCGUUAUUUUUUAAAGUAGCCACAUCAUCUGCCCUUGUUAAUAUGCAGCCAUUCUGUUGUUCUGUUGUCCAUGUAAUUCCAAUCAUUUCUUAUAUAGUAUUUUAAAACAUAUAAUUAGUUGGACAUCAUCACUCAGCCACAGCCCAUGGCAAUGCAUUACUCACAUAAUGCUGGGUUAAAACGGCGCAGACGUUGGAUGAAAAGCAUAAUUAGAUUAGGCAAUGGAACGGAUCCCUGUACAGUAAAUUCUUCAGUCAGUUGGAUAAGUGUGCUCCUCCAGAUACCAGCUACUGUGAGCCUGAGGGAUCACUUUAUGUCAUUUCCUUUGCCACACACUCUCCUUUUGUGUCAAUCAACAAGACUGCUGCUGGGGAUUAUACAACUGCCUGGCUUCUACCAGAAUGAAUUACAGAUUAAGUUAAACAUGUAUUAGAGUCUACAUUGAUUUCUUCCUCAAUAAAGUUAGGUAAAAAUGCAAUCAGAGUAUUUAAAUGUGUUUUAUUUUGUGCACACUUAAAUACAAUACACUAUUUAUUUCAUGAGAAAAUUAUGACAAAGAAUACAUCUAACAUCAGAGCAGGAGAGGCCCGCAAGUCCAACAGCAGUGUGGGACAGUGUGCCAGACUGCAUGCCCCCGUUUUUACUAUUUUGGUAAGGAAAUGAAGGAAGUACGGCUUCCAUUUGCCUUGACUGGGUGAAUCAGGAACAGGAACCAGAGUUCAGGGAGUAGAAUACAAAGUGAGUGUCUUUUGCUCUCCGACUGCAGCGCUUUUACCAAGAAGAAGCUUACACCACUGUGUUGAUCAUCGGGAUCCGCAAAGAGGCCCAGUCACAAGUGCUCCACCUCUCCAGGAACAAGCGCUACACCUUGACCCCGGAGCAGCUGAAAUGGGACAAGUUCAAGCUGACAUACAAGUAUUCCUUUGCAAAUCUCCCUCUAGUUAACAGCAAAGUGCCGUCGUGGGAAAAUGGGGAACAAAUGGACACAAAUUAGUUAAAAAACACCAGAGAGAUUUGGUCUUGGUUUUGUCAGGAAAACACAAGGCCAGAUGUUUUUUCAUAUAUAGUAUAUAUAUGUAUAUAUUGUAUAGGCAUUAGCAAAAGAACACGGUCAGCAGCCCUUUAAUUAAAUUGUUUCAACGUCUAUUAAAGGCAGCAGGACACCCCAAAAAAGUGUAAUAAUGAACUUUCGGCAUGCAUUUUUUCAGAAGGGAAAAGUAAGGACACUUGGACCUCCAUUGCAAAUGCUUGUUUACAUUCAUUAAAACUUUUUCCAUUCCGGACCAAAACCUGUACCUGCAAGGAGUAAAAUAAUAACUUCAUCUAUUUCAUGUUGACAACUGAUCCCUGAUGUGAUUUUAAUCAAAAGUAUCCAUAUCAGUCCAACCCCGGGGCCGAGGUAUGAGAGAAUUCCAAGUAAUGGAGCUGUACUCGCGGUGCUUGUGGGAAUUGUGUCUGAACAGUAGCCACCGAGCUUUGGCAGAUCCCCCGGGUUGCUGCAGAGGAAUGUGUGUAGAGACCAGUAAUAACGACGCGAUGCUGUCGUUUCUGAGCAGGUUGCUCUCCUUCCCGACCAACUUGAUAAACGCCAGCGACACGCGGCGAGGCAUCGCCAAGGCCUUUGGCAUGUGGAGUGACGUCUCGCCGUUCAGCUUCAGGGAGGUGCCAGCUGACCAAGAAGCAGACAUGAAGAUCGGCUUCUACCCCAUCAACCACACCGACUGCCUGCAGUCCUACUUGCACCAUUGUUUCGACGGCAUCACGGGGGAGCUGGCUCACGCGUUCUUCCCGCCAACCGGCGAGAUCCACUUCGACGACCAUGAAUACUGGAUUCUGGGAAACAUGCGCUUCAGCUGGAAGAAAGGGGUUUGGUUAACGGAUCUCGUACAUGUGGCAACUCAUGAAAUUGGCCAUGUCCUCGGACUCAUGCAUUCCUUGAACCCAAAAGCUAUAAUGCACCUGAAUGCAACCCUGACAGGGCGCAAGCAGAUCACACAGGACGAAGUGUGGGGCUUGCACCGCCUCUACGGAUGUUUGGACCGGUUAUUUAUCUGCCCGGCCUGGGCUCGGAAAGGCUACUGCAGCAGCAUGCGUAAGCUGAUGCAGAAGUACUGCCCCUCCAGCUGUGAUUUCUGUUACGAUUUCCCUUUCCCCACUGCGGCUCCCACGCAGACCCCCCCGAGGACCAAACACAAGCUCGUGGUCGAGGGCAAGAAGCUCACUUUCCGCUGUGGGAAGAAAAUUGCAUCAAAGAGAGGCAAAGUGUACUGGUACAAGGACGGCGAGCUGCUGGAGUUCUCUCACCCCAACUACAUCUCCCUGAAAGACGACCACAUCACCAUAGUGGCCAACGCCAUCAACGAGGGCACAUACACCUGCGUUGUGAAGAAAAAAGAGAAAGUCCUCACAAACUACUCGUGGAGAGUGCGCGUACGCUUCUGAGGGCCUCGGGCUCACGUUGGUUUGAAUAAAAGAAAUAC